GCGGGCAGCAAGGCCAGGCCUGGGCACAGGCUGAGACCGGCUGCGGGAGCACCCCGUGGCUGCAGGGCCCCCGACGCUCUUGACCUCUCACCUGUCCCGACCCCGUGGCGGGCAGAGGGGCUGCUGGGCCUUGGCUGAGGUAAAGGCACUGCGGCACUUGCCUGUCGCCCGCUCUGCCUUCUCUGUAGGGUUAAGACCGGAACCAUUCCUGGGCCUCAGGAAUCAGGGAGAGGCUUGACCCACACCCUCCAGGACCCCAGCAACCCCCCCUGAAUCUUUAAUCUGCCAAAAUGUCCCUGAUUAACUUCCCUGCCAGUUUUCACUGACCGGGCCGGGGAUGCAGCGGGGUCGGGCCCGGCCUGCACCCUUAACGUGGGCCCGCAGCGGAGGCCAAGCCGGAGAGUCAGGUGACCGACCGGCUGGUGUGCUCCCACCUCCCGUCCGGGCCCAAAGGGGAGGAAGAGCCAGAGGCGCCCCGCAGUCUUGCCUCCCAAAUUGUUUUCUUCUCUACCUGCUUCUCCCUAGGGAGGACACAAUGUGUGCGCGUGGCUGCGUGGGGAAAGUGCCACUGUGGCUAAUUGUGUUUAAUUUUGUUCAGUUCAAAGGCUUCCAUCUCUUUUCCUAAUUAAAUAUUUAUUCUGGCUAAGGUAGAGGGGGAAGGGGCAGUGCCCUCCGGAGAGCCGGCCCGGAAUGUGUGUGUGCGCCUGAGUGUGAGUGUGAGAGAGAGAGAGAGAGAGCGCGAGCGCUGAUUGGGGGAAGGCAGGCCCGAGCCUCCUUUAUUGUCAGCGCUGACCUCUGAUUCCCUCCGAAAGAGCAGUGACCAGGAGUGGGGACCGGAGGGUAAAGUCCUUGGGCUGGAUUCUGACGUGCCCGGCCCAGGCUGAGGAGGUUUCGCAAGGCCUCCGUGGGGGGCGGAGCUGGCAGCGGCGGGAGGACCAGCCUUCCCCUAGCCGCCCCAGCUGGUCUCAGGUUCACGGUGGACAGUCCCCCGCCCUCUCUGGGGGACGCCACCUUCUAUGUGGGCUCUAAAUCUCCAGGUCAGCAUGAAGGCCACGACCUCUCGCCCGCAGGGAGGGUGGGGGUGGGAGCUGCCCUGGCCCCCACCGUGUUGGGGGUGCAGUUCUAGGGCCACCCGGGUGGGCUGGGCCCGGCAUUGCUGACCUCGCGGGCCACCUUGUGCUUCUCAGCUGCUGCCCCCCAACCCAGGAAGCACAGGCCACCCCUCCCUGGCGGGGAGCCGGUGGUCAGUAGCACCCUGUUGGCCCUUCCUCGUCCAUGGGGCGAAGGGAGAAGGGAGAGGAGCGGCGCCGGCCUGAGCCGCCGUCUCUGGAGGACAGUCCCUGCGGGCCGGUCUUUUCUGGACGGGCGUGAAGAUCGAGCCGCCCUUUACCCCGCCCGUCUCGGUCUCCAUUUUGCCCACCGGCUCUCGACGCCGCGGUCUUGCCCUCACAGCCCGGGAAGGGUAUCGCGCAGGGCUGGUCUCAUCCACCUGUUGUCCUGGAAUUCACAUCACUUGGGGAUACGAUGGCCUUUUGCUCCGACCUCUGAACUUUCCCGAAGGACCUGCUGCCCACGUGCUGUAGGGGAGCGGGAGGAAGGCUUGCCCCCGUCCUGGAGUCUGCUGCUGGCCUUCCCCAGCGAGCAAGUGUCCAGCGGAUGCUUCAGACCCUGUAUGACUACUUCUGGUGGGAACGGCUGUGGCUGCCCGUGAACUUGACCUGGGCUGACAUAGAAGACCGAGAUGGACGAGUCUACGCCAAAGCCUCAGACCUUUACAUCACACUCCCCCUGGCUUUGCUCUUCCUCAUCGUGCGAUACUUCUUUGAGCUUUACGUGGCCACACCGCUUGCCGCCCUCCUGAACGUAAAGGAGAAAACUCGGUUGCGGGCACCUCCCAACCCCACCUUGGAGCAUUUCUACCUGACCAGUGGCAAGCACCCCAAGCAGGGGGACGUGGAGCUCCUGUCCCGACAGAGCGGGCUCUCCGGCCGCCAGGUAGAGCGCUGGUUCCGCCGUCGCCGCAACCAGGACCGGCCCAGCCUUCUCAAGAAGUUCCGAGAAGCCAGCUGGAGAUUCACCUUUUACCUGGUGGCGUUCGUGGCCGGCAUGGCCGUCAUCAUGGAUAAACCCUGGUUCUAUGACUUGAAGAAAGUUUGGGAGGGGUACCCCAUACAGAGCACCAUCCCUUCCCAGUACUGGUACUACAUGAUCGAACUUUCUUUCUACUGGUCCCUUCUCUUCAGCAUCGCCUCCGAUGUCAAGCGAAAGGAUUUCAAGGAGCAGAUCAUCCACCACGUGGCCACCAUCAUCCUCAUCAGCUUCUCCUGGGUCGCCAACUACAUCCGCGCGGGCACACUCAUCAUGGCGCUGCACGACUCCUCUGACUACCUGCUCGAGUCCGCCAAGAUGUUCAACUACGCGGGCUGGAAAAACACCUGCAACAACAUCUUCAUCGUCUUCGCCGUCGUCUUCAUCAUCACCCGGCUGGUCAUCCUGCCCUUCUGGAUCCUGCACUGCACCAUGGUGUACCCCCUGGACCUCUACCCUGCCUUCUUCGGCUACUACUUCUUCAACUCCAUGCUGGGGGUGCUGCAGCUGCUGCACGUCUUCUGGGCCUACCUCAUCCUGCGCAUGGCCCACAAGUUCAUAACUGGAAAGCUGGUGGAGGAUGAGCGCAGCGACCGGGAGGAAACCGAGAGCUCGGAGGGGGAGGAGCCCGCGGCGGGGAGCGGAGCCAAGAGCCGGGCCCUGGUCAAUGGCCACCUGGUCCUCAACAACCACCAUCGAAAGAAGGACUGAGCCGCCGGCCCUGCUGCCCCCAGAUGACGCAGAAGGCCAAGGAACUACCCCUUGGGGUCCCUUUAAUUUCUGGGGAGAAAGCAGAGAGUGAGGAGCUGUUCUGUCCCCUGCCACUGUCACCCAGUUGCCUUUAAACCAAAUCUGAGCAGCCCGUCCCCAGGGAGAGGGGACGCUGGUUGUAUCCUGCUGGGGGGGAUGGUCUUACCGUCCUCUUUUGAGACCCUGCCUGGGCUCUGGGGGAGGGGCCACGACUCACAUUCCUUAUGGCUUCAGAACUUGGCCCCAGAGAUUUGCCUUUGACUCCCUGGCCUCCAGGGCCAGGGUCACGCCUUACCGUCCACCUGUGGGCCGCAUUCUGCCAAAGAAGGACCAAGGUUCGCCUUUUUGACCCAAGGUUUUCAGGCCAAAAACCAAAGCUGAUCUGAUUUUAACCUUUUUCUUCCUAAGACACAAACGAACUGAGUGUAGGGGGGUGCAUAUGACCUUUACCCUACCUCUGCCAAAAAAUGGGGGCCAUAUUGGGGCUCAGGCCAUACUUUGUGUCACUUCUCUGCCAGCCUUCCCUGCAACUAAGGUCCCCGAUCUUACUGCCUCCUUUCUCUGGCCUAUUCCGCCAGGCUAGCUGGGUUGUAGAAAGGCACCUAGUUCUAAUUUUUAUUUAUUAUUUGGGGUUUUGGUUUUAAAGCCAGACUUCCAGCUAGCACCUGGCAUUUCAGCAGAGGGACCACUUCUGACCAAAAUGUACUGUUAAUGUUUUUUUUUUUUUAAUUAAAAUAUAUUAAAGAUUAAGUAAAACAUGGCAACAAGUGUUCCAGACUAUUAGGAAUUGAGAAGGGGGAUCCACUAAAUAAACUAAGACCGUCUCCUCAUGCCAUCCUCA